AUGAAGUGUGCAGUAAACAUAUGUGUAGCCUUCAUCGCGUUAAAAAUCACGCUCGUGUCAGGAUGGGACCAAAUAUGUAGAGAAGCAAUAGAGUCCACCGCAAUGAGCGCAAUAACGUACAUGAGACUGAGAAGACUUAAAGUACUGCUGAAGGGAGAAGAUUUGGUAGAUUACACCUGGUGGGCGGACGAAGUGCUGAAAAGAAUACCGGAAUCGAAGCCGCUACACUACCAAUACCAACCAGAAAAAGGAUCGAAGGAUUUUAACCUAAAAUGUAGCAAUAACCUGUGCCUGCUGGCAGGAAUAAAGUACUUCUACGCAACGCUGAUGAAUCUGGGAAACCCAGUGCAGGAGCUGGAGAACGCGAAGAUAGAAAUUCCGCCCCUCAACUACCCGCGAAAAGUUAAAUUCUCGGCGGCAGACUGCCUCAAAUAUUUAGUAGUACUCCUGUCAGAUCUUCACCACCCACUGCAUCUGGACUUUGAGCAGCCAGAUUCCCUCUCAACAAUACCAGUUGAUCUGAGUGAGUUCCCUCUUUGGGAAAGCGUAAGUAUGCAGACACUAAACACAAAAAAGCCAUCUUACGCAGAUUUUUUAAAGUAUAUAUACAUGCCCAAGUACAUUGAAGUAAACGAGAACGCCUGGUAUGGCUCGUGGACACACGUGUCGACGCUGGGUCUGCGUUACUCGACAGAGCUGGACCUGUUCAACAAAAAAACAUCGGAUUGUUUCGAAGUAUGGGCGGCAGAAACAGCAUCGCUAAACAACACACUCCUGGAAAAGGACGAUUACGUGGAGACGGAUCAUAUGGGCCACUCCAAGGCAAUCAAGUUUACGGAGCAGCUGGAUUCGAAACUUGGUUUCCUCAUGAGACUCCAAAUAGUAAUGGCGGGCGCCAGAGUAGGAAUCGUAGUCAACCAUAUCCUGUCGCACCGAGAAAUAGCGUACGACGAGCAGACAGGACUGAUUAUCCAGAGGCCGCAAGUAGACUCAACGCAGAAAAAUGUUGGAUAUUAUGUGCUAAUGGUCGUAUUCGUAAUAUUAAUAUUAGUUUUAAUUAUUGUGUUGUUCCUCGUACUUAAAAAUUUGUUAAAUCAAAUGAGUAAGAGUAAAGGUUUUAUGAAACGACUGUUUUUAUCGAGAAAGUAUCAGCCAGUGAACAAAUUACCUGAGUAA